GAACUAAUUGCCAGGGUCAGUUAACGCUAUACUGGGUGUUGUCCAACACAUGUUAUGUACACACGAAAGCUAGAUGUAUGGAUCUUGGUACAAGAUGACCAGGGUAUUAGUUAGUCAGGGUACGAGUUAGCAUGCUUCCGCCUAGGAUCUACUUUCAUUUUAGGAAAGCCGAAUUUGGACAUUUUGGUGCCCUUAUGAUGAUCACAAUUUAAUGUCAGAUUACGCAGCGAUUAUUCAGACAUUUGAAUGCAGGUGAACACGACUGAAGAUGAAUUAAACAGUCCCUGACGAUGUCUUGUGAGGGCCCACCACCAGCCCCUCCUCCCCCUCCAACUCUUGUUCCCCCCAAUAACGCCUGCAAUCUGAAGAAUAUAGUGGGGGCAGUAUUGAUGGUACCACAGGAGCCGUCUGAUAACAGUAACAAACAGCUCAGAAGAAACCUCAAAGUCAUUAUAGAAAAUGACAUACCUAAUUUGUCUUCAAAAAUUCUCGUGUCUUCGAACAAGAUUAUCCACCCAAUUCUCCAGGAUGGGCCAUGUUGCGGAGUUGUUGCCCUUGCAAUGGCAUCUCAAAUAUUGAACAAGGAAACAACAGCAAGAUAUAUCUUGGAGACCAGCAAAAAUAAUGGAUUGUCCCUUCAAGGAGAACUCUUCUCUGCUUAUGAUAUGGCUGCAUUGGCAAAGAAAACUUUGGAUUGUACAGCAACAGUUCUGGAUAUGACGGAAUUUGACUCCAGGGACAGUCUCCUUAGACAUAUAGCGAAUGGACAUCCUGUGUUAGUGCCGUAUGAUGGAGAUGCAAAUAAUGGACCUUGUUUAAAGAAUGGCUAUAAAGCUCACUGGACAUUACUCACAGGAAUUUUAUUUUCACAAGAAAGAACUCUGGUGCAGAGAGACAAUCUUAAAAUGACGGAGGACAAUGACUUAUCUCCUUUGUAUCAUAUCAAACCAGAGCAAUCCUCCGUACCACCAGAUCUGAUCAUUUCAUCCUCAGAUGUAUUUGUGUACGGAGUUCAGGGCAAGAGUCAGCAUGUUGGCUUGUGGCCACUGAACAGGCUGCUGAACAGCAAUGCAAACUUACGGGUGGUGGAUCCAAGCAGAGAAGCUGAAGUGGAUCAGUAUGUUUUACCUCAGGAGGGGAUACAACAAGUGUUGUGUAAUAGAAUUGUGGUUUUACAAAAUUGACAAAAGAACAUGAUAUCACAAUCUAAUUUAAUCAUCAGUAAUCCUAAUAAUUAAAGACUAAAUGUCUGUAAUCAGUAAUCCUAAUAAUUAAAGACUAAAUGUCUGUAAUCAGUAAUCCUAAUAAUUAAAGACUAAAUGUCUGUAAUGAGUAAUGAUAAUAAUUAAGAACUAAAUGUCUAUUGUGAGUAAUGAUAAUAAUUAAGGACUAAAUGUCUAUUACGAGUAAUGGUAAUGAUUUAGGAUUAAAUGUCUAUUAUGAGUAAUGAUAAUAAUUUAGGACUAAAUGUCUAUGUUGAGUAAUGGUAAUAAUUAAGGACUAAAUGUCUAUUAUGAGUAAUGGUAAUAAUUAACGAUUAAAUGUCUGUAAUGAGUAAUGGUAAUAAUUAAGGACUAAAUGUCUAUUGUGAGUAAUGGUAAUAAUUAAGGACUAAAUGUCUAUUAUGAGUAAUGGUAAUAAUUUAGGACUAAAUGUCUAUGUUGAGUAAUGGUAAUAAUUAAGGACUAAAUGUCUAUGUUGAGUAAUGGUAAUAAUUAAGGACUAAAUGUCUAUUGUGAGUAAUGGUAAUAAUUAAGGACUAAAUGUCUAUUAUGAGUAAUGGUAAUAAUUUAGGACUAAAUGUCUAUGUUGAGUAAUGGUAAUAAUUAAGGACUAAAUGUCUAUGUUGAGUAAUGGUAAUAAUUAAGGACUAAAUGUCUAUUAUGAGUAAUGGUAAUAAUCAAGGACUUAAUGUCUGUAGUGAGUAAUGGUAAUAAUUAAGGACUAAAUGUCUAUUAUGAGUUAUGGUAAUAAUUUAGGGUAAAUGUCUAUGUUGAGUAAUGGUAAUAAUUUAGGACUAAAUGUCUAUGUUGAGUAAUGGUAACAAUUAAGGACUAAAUGUCUAUGUUGAGUAAUGGUAAUAAUUAAGGACUAAAUGUCUAUUGUGAGUAAUGGUAAUAAUUAAGGAGUAAAUGUCUAUUAUGAGUAAUGGUAAUAAUCAAGGACUUAAUGUCUGUAGUGAGUAAUGGUAAUAAUUAAGGACUAAAUGUCUAUUAUGAGUUAUGGUAAUAAUUUAGGGUAAAUGUCUAUGUUGAGUAAUGGUAAUAAUUUAGGACUAAAUGUCUAUGAUGAGUAAUGGUAAUAAUUAAGGACUAAAUGUCUAUUAUGAGUAAUGGUAAUAAUUUAGGACUAAAUGUUUAUUAUGAGUUAUGGUAAUGAUUUAGGACUAAAUGUCUAUUAUGAGUAAUGAUAAUAAUUUAGGACUAAAUGUCUGUUAUGAGUAAUGAUAAUAAUUAUGCAUAUACAGUGAAACUUCUCUAAACCGGCCGGCUCUCGGACCGGAAAAAACGGCCAGUUUAGAGGGAUGGCCAGUAUACAGAGAAUUUAGCAAUUAAAGACGUUUUAUCUCAAUUUUCACAAAGUAGGUACUGUUCACUUUGAUCUGGUGAUCUAGCUAUGAUCAAUUAUCAGUGGAGAUUAAAUUAGUUUGCUUGUACAUGUACCUACAGGUAAUUAUGAAUUACAUGAAAUAUUCUCGCUGAAAUCAUCUAAUUUUAAACUGAAAAUCUAUAGCAGGAUACAUAAAGAAAACACAGAGGCCUAUCAUUGGAAUUCCUCUUACCUAUAAAAACUGUUUACAUUUAUCACUUAUGUUAUUAACAAUUUUUUUUUUCGUUUUUAAAAAGUACAGUAGUAAAUAUAAAAUUGUAAUUUGAGUAUUUCUUUGGAAUGUUAAGUUUAUGGGAACCAAGAAAAUUAAUCUAUCUUUUAAUAAUUAUCAUUAACAGUCAUGGGUUUGUUCUUUAUUAACUACCGCUUAUAUCCAUAUGAUAGUGUGGUGAAACAAUAUGGCGUUUGAUACUGUAUUCAUUCAAUUUGCUCCUAACUGUUUUUUAAAUUUUGUAUAGAAUUUGGAAGGGUCACUUGGAUUAGCUAAUCAUCAAUUAACACCCUUGACAGCACAGGCAAACAAUAGAAAUUAAAGAGGCCACUAGUGUUUUUCACACCUCCAGUUGAUAAUUUCCCACCUGGCCAGUUGGUCAGUCAAUUCGCACACCUGGACCAUCUUGAUCAACCUCUGGCCAAAAUUUUAUUGUUUUCAGAACAUGGCCAGUAUGUUAAGGGUAAAUUACACAUGUUUGUUAACAAAUGCACUUUAAAAAGUGGCCGAUGUCCGGUUUUCAGGGGUGGCCGGUUUCGUAAGACUUUCUUUGAAAGGAAAUGUUAAGAUUUCUGCCAGGACUUUGAAAAUCGGCCGAUAUUCAGGGAGAACCGGUUUUUUGAGGGGCCGGUUUGGAGAAGUUUCACUGUAUAUGAUUCCAUUGUUUACAUAUCUACCAUAAUAAAUGUUUGUUCAUUAUAUUCAUAUUUUGAAAUAUAUAGGUUCCUAGGUCGUGUUGAAAGGUCAGAGCUUUUAUCAAAAAAUGAUACAUUGAAAAAGCAGGGUAUUGUUACUGACAAAACAUUAGCCAAAUCUCGUUAUCUCGAACUUGAUGGAACCAAGAAAUAACUUCAAGAUAUCAGAGAAUUUGAGAUAUCGAGGGUUAAAUACUUAAAGAAUUAGUGGAUGUGACGUCUGAAUUACUUCAACAUAUCCAUGGGAUUCGUGAUAACCGAAGUUUAACUGAAUAUGAUUUUAAAUAUCAAUACAUGUACAUAUGAAAUGAACAAAAGAAACUCAAAUCAUGCAGAAAAUGAUGAUAUUUGAGUCAAAGUACACAACUCAUCGAAAAUUUGUAUGACUUUAAAAAAAAUCCAAUAAAACUUAAAUACAGCUAUAUUUUUAUGCCCCCGAGAUAGGGGGGCAUAUUGUUUUUGUCCUGUUUGUUAUUCUGUAAUUCUGUCUGAAACUUUAACCUUGCUAAUAACUUUUGAACAGUAAGUGAUAGAGCUUUGAUAUUCACAUGAGUAUUCCUUGUGAAAAGACCUUUCCGUGGGUACCAACAUUUUUUACCCUGUGACCUUGACCUAGGAGUUUGACCUACUUUUUGAAAACUUUAACCUUGCUAAUAACUUUUGAACAGUAAAUGAUAGAGCUUUGAUAUUUCACAUGAGUAUUCCUUGUAACAAGACCUUUCCGUGGGUACCAACAUUUUUGACCCCGUGACCUUGACGUUUGACCUACUUUCUGAAAACUUUAACCUUGCAAAUAUCUUUUGAACAGUAAGUGAUAGAGCUUUGAUAUAUAAUUGCUACCCUGUGACCUUUACCUUGGAGUUUGACUUACUUUUUGAAAAUUUUGACUUUGCUUAUAACUUUUUGACUUUGACAUUUGACCUACUUUUAAAUUUUUUUUUACAUUGGUCAUAAUUUCUAAAUGGUAAAUAUUAGAGCUUUCAUAUUGUACAUGAGCAUUUCUUGUGACAAGAUCUUUUUACUGGUACCAAGAUAUUUGUCCUUUUGACCUUGGCCAUCUUCGGCAUGGCCAUUAUCGGGGGCAUUUGUGUUUCACAAACACAUCUUGUUUAGAAUAAAUUUAGUAGAAAUAAAAAGCAAACUGAAGAAAGAAAAAAAACUACUUUGACUUUCUGAAAAUUUAAGAAUGUGAAAAGCAGUUAUGAAUAUGAGAGACGACAAAUCACCAGAAUUUAAGAUAUAAAUGUAGAUUUCCGUGGACUGAUAUUGAAUACAUGUACAUAUAUUUACAUUUCCAAUCAUUUUACCUUUGUUAUUGCCACAAAUUGUAAUGAUAGCCAUUUACUCAUGAAUACAUUGCAGUUGUUAACUAUUUGAAAAUACAUGAGGUUAUGAACAUCAAUGCAUGACACCGGCACACUUUUCAUGCAGUGUGAAUGCGUUUAGUGAAGCAUGCUGGUGUGAAGUGUCGCAGUUGAUACCCUCGUGUAUUUUCACAAAAGAAAUUUAUUUCUUAAAUAUCACAGAAUUAAUUCUUUGAAUUUUGUGAUUGCUUAUGUAGCUUAUAGAAUUAUAUUCACACACACAAAAAAAUUUCAUUACCACUGAUCUGAAACUGCAAAUGAUGAAAAUGUUUUUGAUAGUCAAGACCUUAUGGAAUAUUACUCUCAACUACAACAAACUCAAACAAAUUUGUUUACUGUAACAGUUGUGAUAUGAAAAUCUGAAAUUUAUAGAAGUGUAUGAGGUUGUAACUACAUGUACAGCUCUAGGUAUUUAACUGUGAGGUAAGUUAAGCGGUGCAAAAUGAACUUCCACUGUGUGAUAUGGUUUCCGUUUUACAUCGAUUUAAUUUAUGUGUGAUAAAUCACUUUUUGAAAGUUAUACAUGUACAUCAAUACUUAUUAUUAUCAAUAAUGUGAUUAUUAUAAAGAUUGAUAAUUCUUAACAUCAAUAGGAAUACAUUUUCAAUAUACACAUGUACAGUUUUAUCCAAAUGUUUUUUCCAGUUUUUUCAGGGUUUUCCUGUGUGUAAAAAAGUAAUGAUAUUGUUUAAUUCACAAAAUCAUUUUAUCCUUUCUUUUUCUUAUGUGUUUAUAUGCAUAUUAAAGUCCUACAGCCAUUUACUUGUGAGCUUUUUUAAGAAUGUUAUUUAAAAAUUUUUUUUCAUCAA